AUGGAAAGCAAACUAAGAAAAUUCGAAUAUCGAAAAAGCGGAAUACCGUCAUUUUUUAAAAACAAUCUUUCUACUGAUCAUAGCUUGAACGAAUCGGCUAUUAACAAUAUUAACAGCUUGUCUAAUAUUAAUAACGCUACUGUUGACAGUAUAAACUUAGUCGUAUCAGACACCAGUAAUCAUGAGUCGAAACGAGAAACUAUUCUUAUUAGUGACCUCUCAGAAGUAACUACUAAUAACAAUGGUGGUGAAUUAUCUGAAUCAACCACUAAUAUAAUUGAUGAAGAGGAAGAAGAAUCAAGAGAAAAAGUGGCAUCAGAACUUGUGGAGGUUCUCAUAAAAAUAUUUACGGAAUUAAAUCAACGAUACGAACACGAUGAAACAAUAUUAAAACGAAUGAAACAACGAAUAGAAGAAGAUGAAGAAUGCAACGACCCCAAGAUGAUAUUUAAAGUCACAUAUAAGAAAAGAUUCCUAGAGGGAUAUACAUCAUUUCUUGCAUUUCUUUAUCAUUGGGGACUAGGAACAGAGAUCGAUAAACGCGAGAUGUUCUUUUGGUAUCAUAUCGCGGCUGAUAGAAAUGGGUUAGCGGCAUGUCAAGUCGGAUGGUGUUAUUAUGAUGCGGUUGGAACGGAAAAAGAUCAUGGUUUGGCAUUUUAUUGGUUUAAAAGAUCUGCCGAUGUUGGCUAUGCUGGUGGUCAAGACGCGCAGAAUCAACUCGGGAAAUUCUACCAACUCGGUCAAGUAUGCGAGAAGAAUGACGUUCUUGCGUUUGAAUGGUUCACGAAAAGUGCCAAUGCCGGGUUUCCCGAGGCUCAAUUGAAUCUCGGGUACUGCUACAGCUGUGGAAACGGCACGUUGCGCAAUGGAGCACUCGCAUUUCAUUGGUUCAAAAAGUCAGCGGAAAAUGGGAAUUCGGAUGCACAAAAUGUAUUGGGGUAUUGUUACCAGAUGGGGUUUGAUGUGAAGUUGAACUUACAGAUAGCUUUUUUCUGGUAUCAGGAAGCUGCGUCACAGUAUAAUGGUAAUGGAUGUUUUAAUGAGGCUUCUUGUUGGAAUCAUGGGACUGGAACUGUUAAGAAUUUGUUUCGCGCGAUUAAAGGAUAUCGAAAUUCUAUGGAAUAUGGAAAUUCUGAUGCAUUAAAAGCUAUUAAUGUUAUUUUUCGAAAAUAG